AUGGGCGUUCCCGAGGCCGAUCGAGGCCACGAUGACGAUACAAGCCUCGACCGAACUAUAGCUGGAGAGGGGCCUCAAAACUCGAAAAAUGAAAAAUGGGAUGCAACUGGGAACAAAGUCGGCGCUGGCUCGCCGUUACACGAUCCAGAAGCACCACCUUUCUCGGAGGGCUCCCAUGGGGGCGACGUGAUUGACGAUGCGAAGGAAUUGGCACAACACCCAGACAGUGUUACAGAGGGUGCUGAGUUGGGUCAACAAAAGGCGGAGGCAGCUGCUCUUGCUUGGAGUUGGCCAGCUUUGGUUCUCAUAUAUGCUUGGAUCUGGAUCUGUACUUUUAUGUUGGCUUUCCACUCGAAUAUUAGCAGCUUUUUGAUCAACUACAUACAGGGAGGUUUCCGGUCCGCGCCGCAGGUCUCAACCUCCUACAUCCUCGCGAAUAUCGUGGGCGGCGUUCUGAAACUUCCGCUGGGCAAAACCUUGAAUCUGUGGGGUCGUGCUGAGGCCCUGGUGGUCUCAACCGGAGUUUACCUUCUUGGCAUGAUUAUCCUCACUUCGUGCAACGGUCCCAAUGGAUAUGCAGCUGGAUAUGUCCUUUACUGGAUUGGCUACUACUGCUUGUAUUUGAUUUUGAAUAUCUUCGUCGCCGAUACAUCGGGGCUGAGAAACCGAGCGUUUGCCUUUGGUUUCAUGCAGACUCCGUUCAUAUGUACCGCGUUCACUGGUGGACUCGCGGCGGACUCAAUAUACGAGAAAUACGGAUGGCGCUGGGGUUAUGGCAUAUUCUGCAUCGUGAUGCCAUUUGCGUUCUUGCCCCUUGCUAUGGUUUUCAAGUACUUCGAAAAGAAGGCCGAGAAAAAGGGCAUCUUUCGCCGACAGCCUAGUGGUCGCACUGUGAAACAAUCCAUUGUGCACUAUAUCCAUGAGUUUGAUGUGAUUGGUGCUUUCUUGUUAAUGGCUGGUUGGGUGAUGUUCCUCCUACCGUUCAGUCUGGCGCAAUAUGGCCGCUCUCAGUAUUCAAGCGCAAGCUUUAUUGCUCUCCUUAUCGUCGGUGUCUUCGUGUUAGCACUCUUCGCAGCGUGGGAGAAAUGGUGUGCACGAACCCACUUUAUCCGCUACGAGCUGAUCAAGCGCCCAACCAUUCUAGGCGCUUGUAUACUAGCCUCGGUGCUAUUUUUCAGUUUCGAGCUCUGGGAUCAAUACUUCUACAACUACGUCCUGAUCUCCUAUGAUAUAUCCGCAGUUGAAGCAAAUUAUAUGCUCCAGAUCUACAACGUUGGGUCUUGCUUCUUCUCGCCUAUCAUCGGUGCCGUCAUCUGGGCCACUUCGCACUUCAAAUAUAUCUGCUUGUUCUUUGGUGCACCGCUCAUGAUCCUCGGCUCCGGACUGAUGAUCUAUUUCCGUGGUGCAGAUCACGGGAUCGGCUACGUGGUCAUGUGUCAGAUAUUCAUUGCCUUCGCCGGUGGCACCCUGGUCAUCGGCGAAGAUAUGGCUGUGAUGGCCGCCGGUGGUCGCGAGGGCACUCCGAUGAUGCUGGCCCUCAUCGGAUUGUUCUCGAACAUCGGCGGUGCGAUUGGCCUUGCUGUUGGUGCUGCCAUCUACAACAACGUCUUUGUCAAUACCCUCACGGCACAGCUGCCGGACGAUUUGAAGUCGAACGCCACUCAAAUCUACUUCGAUGGCAUCAAGGCGCAGGCGACAUACCCCUGGGGUAGCCCCCUUCGCGAAGCGGUCGCAUAUACCUGGGGCUAUGCCCAGCGUUUGAACUGCAUUGCUUCCACAGCGAUCUUGGCUUUGACUAUACCUUGUAUUCUGGUCUGGAAGAACUACAAUGUUAACCAGAAGCAGAACAAGGGUAAAAUGAUAUUCUGA